AGAAGGUUCUGAUAACUGGACGAGUCCGCAGUCGCCUGGCUUGGAGUUCCAAGGAUGGACCCUGCUGCUUCUGCUGCUGCUCCCCCUGGCCUGGCUCCGGCCCAAGCCCCCGUCCAGGCACAAAUCAGUGGACAAGAAGCUCCUGGGCCUGAAAGAGGGAGACACCAAAGAGCCUCAGACCUUCCUCUAUACCUUUGGCUGGACCAUUUUACCUCACUCAUCACUCCAGGUGACAGGAGUAGGCUGAGAGACAGUGGACGUUGCCAAAGCAGAAAGCCAAGAAGCCUGACCCUCAUGGGGACAAAGUCUAAAGAGGCCUUUGGUUGGGGUGCUGCCUCAUGUCCUGGGCAUGCCACAGUUUCCUAUUUCCUUUUCCUUGCCUCUAGAAAUCUAGAGGAGAAGCAUCAGGCCCAGGACUAUUCUGGGUCUUUUCUCCAGCUAGGAAAAUGGCAGAGUUCUGCUCUGUACUCUUGGUGCAGGAAAGAAACAGGUUUUUGGAGACCCUGGCUGCCCUCCAUCAAUGACCAACGAAGGCAGGCUGCUGCUGGAGCCACAGCUGCUGAGGUCGCCAGGGCCGAGUCUGGGUUCCAUCACCCUGUCAGACUCUUCUGGCCGAGAUCCCGCUCCUUUGACUACCUGUACAGUGCUGGGGAGAUGCUACUACAGAACUUCCCCGUCCAGGCCACCAUCAACUUGUAUGAGGAUUCUGACAGCGAGGAGGAUGAGGAGGACAAGGAGGAGAAUAUGGAGGAAGAGGUCAAUGAAAUAGGGCCAGAAGGGUGUGCGAGGGUACCGGAGGCCACACCAGACAAGGCCACAGCUCAUUCCCCUGACCCACCCAUGACCUGUCCAAACUGAAGCAAUCCUAGUUACACUUGGCAGGUUUCCAAGGGCAUCAAUUAGCAGAGUCUCCAGACACAGAUUUUCUGGACCAAAACCAGUGUCCUCGAGCUGUCUAGCACACCCUGGCUUUUCUGAUGGGCUUGCAAGGCUAGGCCUCUGGCAUGUUCUUGUCUGAGCUACUCUUGUGCCAACAGUAGGAGGUUCCUAAGACCCGGAAGGGGAUUAGGAAGACUUGAUUGCUGAAGGCCUCAGGAAGUAGAGCAGGGCAGGGGAUGCCCAUGGACAAUAAAGCAAUCACUCCCCCAGGGCCCUUUGGUCCCCCAGUUUUUGAAGGUAGCCAUAUGAGCCAGUCUCCAGGGGAGCGAGGCUGACCUCCAGCUUCUUCUCCAGAGAUACCAUCACCAGAUCCAAGCAAUACUGGAGCUCCUUGAGGGAAGGGGA